UCCUUCCUACCUGUCUCCCUUAAAAAUACUACUCUCUCUCUCCCUCUCUCUCUCUCAAGAAAAAAAGGAAUAAUUUGAAAAGGAGAAGAGAAAUGGGACGUUCGCCUUGUUGUGAGAAAGCUCAUACCAACAAAGGCGCCUGGACAAAGGAAGAAGACCAACUCCUCAUCAACUACAUCCGUCUUCAUGGCGAAGGCUGCUGGCGCUCCCUUCCUAAAGCCGCUGGAUUGUUCAGAUGUGGGAAGAGUUGCAGACUCCGGUGGAUAAACUACCUCAGGCCUGACCUCAAGAGAGGCAACUUUACUCAACAAGAAGAUGACUUGAUCAUCAAGCUUCAUAGUCUCCUUGGAAACAAAUGGUCUCUGAUAGCGGCAAGAUUGCCUGGAAGGACUGACAAUGAAAUCAAGAACUAUUGGAACACACAAAUUAAGCGCAAGCUCAUUAGCCGUGGCAUUGACCCACAAACCCACCGGCCACUUGACAGCUCAGCCGGCGGCGGCGGCGGCACCACCAAGCCUGAAAAUAUUUCUAUGGAUCUGAGUAGCUCAGCACCAUCACAAGAGGAGACUAAAUGCAGUUGUGGCACGACAAGCGAGGAGUCUCAUCAUCAAUCACUGAAAGAUAAGCAAAGAAAUGAGCAGAUGGGUGGUCUUGAUUUGUCUAUAGGACUAGCAUUGCAUCCCAAGACUGAAGAUUCUGCCGAGUCAACAGCCUCCGGCGAGUCGCUGCCAGUUGCGCCGCCGCCCCCAGCCGCCGUGGAGCUUAGUGUGACAGAAGCAGUGUGUUUGUGUUGGCAGUUGGGAUCCCGGAGUGGUGGGUUGUGCAAUAAAUGAUAUACCACAAAAUGCUUCCUUGGAUAUUGCCAACCCUCUUAGUUGCAAAACACUUUUUAGGCAUAAAUUCUGCUAAAAAAUAUGAAAUUCUCUCACUUCCAAGGUGAGUUCUAUUAUUCUUCUUUUUUCAAAUACUGUCUACUGAAUCAGAAGUCUUCAUUAUUCUUGUUCAGAGGCCGGUUUGGUAGAGGAUGUCCACUGAUAGUAAAGUUAAUCUAUUAAUUUAUUUUGAAUUGAUCAAUCAGUUUAACUGUC